UGUGGGUCGGUGUUUAUUUUGCGACGCAGAGUACUGGAAAUUUAGACCGCGACUUACGGCAAGGCGGCGAGGCACGUCAACAGCCAUGGCGGAAGGGGAGGAAGUGCCGCCGCUGAGCAGCUGGGAAAAUGACCUUGCAGAAGCGCUUGAAGAAGGUGGCUGUGAUCUUGAAACAGUCAGAAACAUAAUCCAAGGGAGACUUCUGCCUGAUUCUCUAAGACCCAAGGUCUGGAAGAUUGCUUUGAACGUCGUAGGAAAAGGGGAUAGUCUGGCAUCCUGGGAUGGUUGUUUAGAUCUGCCAGAACAGACACUAAUUCAUAAAAACUGUCAAGAACUGGUUGGUCAGUUAUCAGUGCCUGAGGAAGAGAAGUCAACGUUACUUCUGGAUAUUGAGUCUGUGAUUACCUUUUACUGUAAAUCUCGCAAUGUUAAAUACAGUUCUAACCUUAGUUGGACAUAUCUUCUUAAACCACUGGUGCAUCUUCACCUUCCACGAAAUGACCUGUACAACUGCUUCUAUGCUAUAAUGAAUAAGUACAUUCCCAGGGACUGUUUUUCGAAAGGAAGACCAUUUCAUCUCUUUAGGCUGCUCCUCCAGUAUCAUGAACCUGAACUCUGCUCUUUCCUUGACACCAAAAAGAUGACCCCUGACUCAUACACACUCAACUGGCUUGGCAGCUUGUUUUCCUGCUAUUGUACAUAUGAAGUCACUCAGGCAAUAUGGGAUAGCUACCUCCAGUUAGCUGAUCCAUUCUUCAUUUAUUUCCUAAUGCUUAUCAUCCUUGUUAAUGCAAAAGAAGGUAUCUUAGGACAAGAAUCGAAUAGCAAAGAGGAGGUCAUACACUGCCUAGAAGGAUCUCCUGCCAGUUUGGAGUUAGAAGAUAUAGAAGACCUGUUCUCUUUGGCACAAUAUUACUGUAGCAGAACUCCAGCUUCUUUCCGGAAGGACAAUCACAGUAUUUUUGGCAGCAGUUUGUUGGGUCUCAAAGAUGAUGAUUCAGACUUGAGCCAAGCUUUGUGUCUAGCAGUUUCUGUGUCUGAGAUUCUUCAGGCAAAUCAGCAGCAAGGCGAUGGAGUAAGGUUCUUUGUGGUGGACUGUCGCCCUGCAGAGCAGUAUAAUGCUGGUCAUUUGUCAACAGCCUUUCAUUUAGACUCAGACUUGAUGCUCCAGAACCCAUCAGAAUUUGCCCAGUCUGUGAAAUCUCUGUUGGAAGCACAGAAGCAGUCUAUUGAAUCUGGCUCAAUAGCUGGUGGAGAGCAUCUUUGUUUUAUGGGAAGUGGCCGGGAAGAAGAGGAUAUGUAUAUGAACAUGGUGCUAGCACAUUUCCUACAGAAAAAUAAAGAAUAUGUAAGCAUUGCUAAAGGAGGAUUUAUGGCACUGCAACAGCACUUAGCUGACAUUAAUGUGGAAGGACCUGACAAUGGAUAUGGCCACUGGAUUGCUAGUACUUCAGGCUCAAAAAGUAGUAUUAAUUCCUUAACUGAGGUCGACUCUACCAACGGUUCAAGUGAGGGGAAGGGGGUCAAGUCUUUGGUAAACAAGAUGACUGUAGCUUUGAAGACUAAAUCUGUGAAUGUGAAAGAAAAAGUAAUUAGUUUUAUCGAAAACACAUCCACUCCUGUAGAGAGCUAUAGAAUUCCUUUCAAUCUAUCCUGGCCCGAGAGAGCAAGUAUGCUGCGGCAUGUCAGCAGCAGUGACAGACUGGGGAAACCUUACCGAGGUGUGAAACCGGUUUUCAGCAUUGGUGACGAAGAAGAAUAUGAUACUGAUGAAAUUGAUAGCUCCUCAAUGUCAGACGAUGAUCGAAAGGAGAUUGUCAACAUUCAGACUUGGAUAAAUAAACCAGAUAUAAAACAUCAUUUCCCUUGCAGCGAGGUGAAAGAAAAUGGGUACAUGUUUCCUAGUCAUCUUCUAGUAACUGCAACACACAUGUACUGUUUGCGGGAGAUUCCGUCUCGAAAGGGAUUGGCUUAUAUACAGUCCCGACAGGCAUUGAACUCUGUUGUUAAGAUCACAUCCAAGAAGAAACAUCCUGAAUUAAUCACCUUUAAAUAUGGAAACAGCACCACUACAGGCAUAGAGAUCUUAGCAAUUGAGAGGUACCUGAUUCCAAAUGCUGGUGAUGCUACCAAAGCCAUAAAGCAACAGAUUAUGAAAGUUCUGGAUGCACUGGAAAGCUAAUAAGAAAAUACAUUACAACCGUUGUUUUCCCAACAAAAAUAACUAAGAAAAUUGUACACUGACCUUAAAUGACUGUUUUCUCAGCUGAAUGCUAACUGAAGAUGUCCUUCCAGUUUACUGAUGGGUGUGCCGAGUAGCCGAUAUGGAUAAAUUGAAACAUUUUUGAACAUUUAAAAAACAUUUUUCUUUAACUCUGCUUAUUAUAAAGGUCAGCUGUUUUAAAAGUAGCUUUAGAAGAGCUGAUCUGCUUCUGAAGAAAAGGAUGUUGAAGAAUUGUAUUAAGGCACUUUGGGGUUUUGAAAAGCAUUUGAAAUGCCUGAGCUCUUAGUUGUCUUUGCAAAUUGCAAAGCAGCCAAUGUUUUUACAGUCCCUAUGCACUGAAAUUUCAGUUUGAUCUGCUGGGUCAAUAUAUGGAGGCAAAAACUAGAGUUCUACCAAAAUGACACUUUUUUUCCUGGAAAAAAAAAAUCUGGGAGUCAAUUGAAAAAAAAUUGUAUUAUAUCAAACUGGUAAAAAGACAUUAUGUCUUUGUGAGUGAUUUUUUUAAACGCCUUCUGUGCAUUAUCAGGUUAAAAAACUGAAUGAUUCAGUUACUCAGUUUUAAAUACCAACCUAAAAUGUGUAUAGUAAUGAAGAUCUCAUAGGGUAGUGGUUGAGUUGUUAUUAUAAAAGCUAACAUUUUCCUGGGCCAAAGUAAAUAUGGCAGUGGAAAUACAGACAGAGUGGACUGUUUCAUGAGAUGGGACCUAGGAGGUAGCUGCAGUGACAGACGUAAAUGUAGUCCUUCAGGAUAUCUUUUUCCAAAAAUUGUGUGACAUGGGUUGAAACGUCAUUGAACCCAAGUAAAGCAAAGUGAUCAAAGAGCUGCACAUUUGUGGUCAUUUAAGGUGUAGCAGAUGAUAUUUUCCCUACCAAGACAUGAAGAUUGAGUGCAUGUGUGUGUUUGUAGAAUACCUUCAGUGUUAAAGAACUGAAACCUUUUGCUACAGAGCCAUAGCUUUCACUCACUCAGCAUUCAGAUGUCUUGUUUGAUUGUGAUUAAGUAAAAAUGGGCAUGAACUUUGCUUGUUGCCAAGCUCGUGCAUUCAAUUUACUCCAUUCUUCUUGCACAGAGAAUCAGUGUUAAAAACUAUGGUUACCUGUGAUGUCAAAAUGCAGGGGAGUAGUUAGGACACCCCACCCCCAAUUAAUGGGUCUUGUAAGAGUAAUCUCCUCCUUCCCUAAAAACCAGGAUUUAAAUUAAUUCCAGUUAAGCCAUGCCUGCAUCAUGGAAGUGGUUUAACUGCAGUUUGCGGCACAGGGGACAUAGUGUAUGCACCAAUCAACCAGCUGAGUUUGUGCACGUUAUCAGUUUACCACAGUAAAGGUAACGCAUUUAAAUGCAACAGUAUUGACCCAAAUGUGUUUCUUGUUUAAAAUGAACUUAAGAUCCUGGAGCAAUUUUUAUGAAUGUUAUCAUGAAAAGAGGGUAGACCCUUUUUGGAAUGGGGGAUGGGGAAUAGUUGAGGGAAUCUAAUGUGCUAUGUAACAAGUCAAGAGUUGCAGGUCGUAAGUAAUAGUUCUAUACUAGAAAUAAAGCUGACCUUUAUAACAAUCGACUCUUUUAAGUUAUAUUUUAAGUUAUAUUCUUAAUAGUAAUCAAGGCACCUUAAUUCUGAAACUAACUCCCAUGUUUUAAAAAUAUCUAAAUUAGAAUGAGAAGUAUUUGAACAUUAAUUGCAUGGACUGCCCCUCUGCUAACCCUCUUGUAUUUAUAGUUCUGCCCCCUCCAGCUGCUGUGUUACUUUUUUUGUUCUCCCUUUUGAGAAAAAUAAAAUCUCCUGAAGAGCCUCCAAAUUGUGCCUACUUCAGCAAUGAGAUUUUUUUCAUAACAUUAAUGUAAAGAUGUUUGUGUUACUGUUUAUAAACUGCAGUUGUAAAUAAAUCGUUACUAUUUGAACACAUUCUUUCUGAUAAAA